GUUAUUAGACAAAUACCGCUGGAGCACUAUUACGCUUUUGUGCGAAUCGCCCUCGCAGUUCAAGCAAAACGGCGCGUUCUACGUGAUAGUCUGCCUGGAUUUAAAGCAGUCUCUCGAUGGAUCGACGAUGACCAAAUAUCUCACAAACAAACUGGAAUUCAACUCCAGAGAAAGCCAAGACUACACAGCACCACUGACUCGAAUGCAGAAUCAAAGCCGAGUGGGAGUAAUCAUCGCCCAUCCGCGUGUUGUUCGCGAUAUUAUGGUGACAGCAAAUCGUCUAAACAUGACCAAUGGCGAUUAUAUAUUCUUCACUGUGCAAACCACACUGGUGCCAGGUCAAACGGAACUUCUGUGGCAGUUUUUCGAUGGCAACGACGAAGCAGCAUUUGAUGGCUUCCAAUCACUGAUAAAUUUCCAAAACCCAAAUCCAAGAUGGGAACUUAUCAGCGAUGUACUGGAAAAAGCCCAGAAUAUUUCGUUCGAACGUUACAACCGUUCAGUCUCUCGGAAUGAACAGCGCAAGGAUCUGGCCAUUGCGGGUUAUGAAUCGGUGAUUGUGUUUGCUCGCGUUAUGGAAGAAGCUUUGCUGGGAGAUGCCAACGUCCUAACCGGAAUCAGUUUUGUGAAGCGAUUCUACAAUCGAUUGUUUAAUGAUGCAUGGCAUUACGACUCCUUUUCAUCCAACAUAAGAGAAUUUUCCCCUAAAUUAGCGAACAGCUGGAAGAGCAGAGAUGGUCCUCCACCUGACGUGCCGCAGUGUGGAUUCCACAACAACCUUUGCACCGCCAGCACUACGCCAAGAACAGUUACCGGAAUUGUAGCGGCGAUAGCGGUCAUUGUCUGUAUCGGGUUGAUUUCUACGGUUUAUUGGAAGCGCUCAAAUGAAAAGUUCAACAAGUCAACAUGGUGGUACUUACCUUCCACUGACCUGCAGCCAUAUUCCGAUCUUGGACCAGCUGGUGUCCUUUUACGACAACUGCAUGCCGCAACCGAAAUCAGUGUCGGCAUUAACCGACGCUUAUACUGCGGUCAGGCAGUUGUAAUCGAAUCUUUUUAUGGAAAGUGCUUGACAGUAGAGCAAAUCCUAGCGCAAGUAACUUUCCGCAGUGUUCUGCAACAGAUGAGAAAUCUGCAUCAUCAGAAUCUAAACAAAUUUAUCGGCAUCACGGCCACUAAAGCAUGUGUGAUGCCUGCCGGUUCCUGUAUGGUUUUUGAGUAUGGCGCUCGCGAUACGCUCCUCAUGUUGAUUCAGAGUGAACCCAUCUACAUGGAUCAUGCCUUCAAGACGAUAACGAUUUGGGAAAUCGUGCAUGGAUUACGAUAUCUGCAUCGCUCUAUGCUGCAUUAUCACGGAAACCUAUCAAGCCUAGGCAUUAUGAUAGACAAACGCUUCUGCUUGAAAAUUUCGUCGUACGCAGUGGCGAAAUUUAGAGGAAAAUUAUAUGGAAGCGUUUACCCCACAGAGCUGCCACUAGAUCCCAGCAUAUUGUGGGCCGCACCGGAAGUCAUUUCCGGGGCAUCCAUAAAGGCCACGAAAGAGAGCGAUAUGUACAGUCUGGGUGUCAUCAUCAGCGAAAUCUUCACCAGUCGGACACCCUUGCAAACGAAUUUUGCGAUUACUGACAGCGUACACGAAAACGUUGCCGUACUACGUAAGAAUCCAAAUGUCACUCGCAUUGAGGAUACGUCAGAAAUGCCAGCGGAACUGGUCGGCAUUGUUGAUUCGUGCAUUUCCAUCAACCAACUGGAACGGCCGACUAUGACCGGCUUUGCCGCGGCAUUAAGUCAGGUCAUCCCGUGCAAAAAGAUGCUCGAUUUGGUUACAAGCCGACUGGAUCAGUACUCCGGUCAUUUAGAGGAUCUGGUUGAAGUUCGUGCGCGUCAGCUAAUGGACGAGAGGAGUAAAGUGGACUCGUUAUUACGGGAAAUGCUGCCCGAGACGGUAGUCAACCAAUUACGCAACAAACACAUUGUCGCCGCGGAACACUUUGAGUGCGUGACCUUAUCGUUCAGCGAUAUCCCUCAAUUUGAGCGGAUCGUCGCUCAAUGUCCUCCGCUGCAGACGAUCGCUCUUCUCAACACGGUGUACAGCGUCUUCGACUCGAUUCUGCCGCGAUUUGAUGUCUACAAAGUGGAGACCAUCGGCGCCUCAUAUCUAUUAGCCAGCGGCCUGCCGAAACGCAACGGUAUUCGGCAUGCGGGCGAAAUAGCGCGGAUGACGCUGACUAUGCUGCAGGCCGCGGAGAGCAUCCACUCGCCGAUGGAACCGGCAGAAGGACUGCGACUGCGUGUUGGCAUACACUCGGGUCACUGCGCAGCCGGCGUUGUGGGCCUAAAAAUGCCACGCUACUGCUUGUUUGGAGACACAAUUAACACGGCCAACCGAAUGGAAACGUACGGUGCCGCUUCAAGAAUCCAUGUUAGCGGAACUACGAAGCAUUUGCUAGACCAGAUUGGCGGUUUUGAAACAGAGUCACGGGGUGCUGUUAUCAUUAAGGGAAAAGGGGAAAUGGUGACCUUUUGGCUGUUGCAUUAGACUUAAUAUUCGGUGGUGCUGAUUUUGCAAAAACAGUAGCUUCAGCGUUGAGAUGGUUAUACACUGAUAGUACUUACAUGUGCGGCUGCGCUGUCGCGGUGUAAGUGACACAUGUGCACAAAGAAUUGGAUAAAC